AUGGCUGACCGAAAUUUCGCUGACGUGAAGUUUACAUUAAGUAACGGAGUCAAGAUGCCCGCUGUUGGUUACACAGCAGCAGUUUACCAGAACGAACGUUUCUUGGGUGACGCGUUACGUGAUCUAUUACCUAAGUACGGUUUACAACGUAGCGAUGUUUACAUCACAACUAAAUUGUCGCCGUCCGACCAAAGCGCUGAACUAGUUCCGAAAGCAUUCAACAAAUCAUUAGAAAACUUAGGUCUUGAAUAUAUAGAUCUGUAUUUAAUACAUUUCCCUGGCGCUGCUAGAAUAAAUUCGAGCGAUCCUAAGAAUGAGGCAUUAAGAAACGAGACCUGGGACGCUAUCACGAAAAUAUAUAAAACAGGCAAAGUAAAAGCAAUUGGUGUAUCGAAUUUCACUGUACGACAUUUAAUGCAGUUACAAAAAUCAUCAUCAAUAGAGCCUAUGGUUAAUCAGGUUGAAUGGCAUCCUCAUUAUUAUGAAAGCGAUCUCCUGGAGUACUGUAAUACACAUAAUAUAAGACUACAAGCUUACUGUUCGUUUGGUGGUCAAGCUAUAAGAAAUAAUUCCCUAAUGGAAGAUUCUAUAGUUAGGGAUAUUUCUGUCAAACAUGAUGCAACACCAGCGCAAGUACUAUUAACAUGGGCCCUACAACGAGGAAUAGCAGUUAUACCAAAAUCGGUUACCCCACAGAGAAUUAAAGAAAAUAUUCAGCUCAGUAUAAGAAUGUCUCAAGAAGAAAUGUCUUUAUUAGAUUCCCUUAAAAAUAAAGGCCUGAAAUACGCUUGGGAUCCCAAUCCUAUUGCUUGA